AUGAACACAACUGGAUCUACUUCGUCUAUCUCGUUUGUUUUAUGUGAUUAUAAUAAAGAUAAUCGGUUGGAUGCAAUCGUCGUUAGUAAUGACACCGGAAGUAUUGAACUUCUCAAAGGAUAUUUUGCAGGUUUUCCAUCAUACGCAAAGCACGAUGUUGGGUACAAUUCGACGACUGUAGCUGUCAAUGACUUCAACUAUGACGGAAUAUUAGAUAUGAUACUUCUUAGUAAUACAGAUGAUAUGAUGAUGGUGUCUUUUGGAUAUGGUAAUGGAACAUUCCAAAGUCCGGAUCUCUAUGCAACGAACGAAAAUCCAUAUUCCUUAGCAAUGGGUGGCUUUAAUAACGACACAAAUAUAGACGUGGUUGUUGUCAAUCGUGAUAGUCAUAAUAUAUGUGUAUAUCUUGGUAAUAGUGACGGUACUUUCGAAACUCCAUCGAACUAUUUAACGGGCUCCGAGCCAGUGUUCGCAGCUGUUGGUGAUUUUAACAACGAUUACCGUCUGGAUAUUGUUGUUGCCAAUUAUGGUAGCAGUAGCGUGAGCGUCUUCUUAGGAUACGGCAACGGCACUUUUACAACUGAACGAAGAUACUCAAGUGGUUAUAGGCCAUAUUGCGUAGCAAUAAGUGACUUUAAUAAUGAUAAUCAAGUCGACCUGGUUGUUGUCAACUAUAGUAACAAAACUAUAACUGUUCUUGCAGGAUAUAACAAUGGAAGUUUUGGAAAUCCAACAACAUAUGGAACUGGUACACGCCCAUGCUUUGUAGCGGUUGCUGACUUGAAUAAUGACAGUCGAAUGGAUACUGUUGUUGCUAAUUCUAAAAGCGGUACGGUGAGUGUUAUGUUAGGAGAUCGUAACGGUACCUUUGCAACACAGGUUACAUAUGGAGUGGGUACCUCACCAGCAUGGAUAGUUAUUGCCGAUGUAAAUAAUGACACACGAUUAGAUCUUAUUGUCAGCUGUUCUGGAGUGACAACUGUGUACAUUUUAUGUGGACUCGGUAAUGGUUUGUUCGAAACUGCAGUGUCAUAUCGUGUGCACGCACACGCACAAUCUGUAGCAGUUGGAGAUUUGAAUAACGAUAAACGGCUGGACUUAAUUCUAACAGCCAAUAGUGGUACCAGUGUAAGUAUAUUACUCCAGUCUGAUACAGGUACUAUGGCAACCGACUUAAUAUAUGCAUCUGGUGGUGGUUCUAUAUUACAGUCAAUGGCCAUUUGUGACCUGAAUAACGAUACUCGAUUAGACAUGGUUGUUGCAAAUUAUGGUACUGAUGAUAUUUCAAUUCUGUUUGGUACUGACAAUGAGACCUUUCUCAAUCGACUCACGAUUGACAUGGAAUCGGAUUCUCAACCUACAUCAGUUGCUAUUGGUCAUUUCGAUGAUGAUUCUCAAUUAGAUAUUGCAGUAGCCCUUUCUGGUCCUCGCCAAGUUGGAAUCUUACUUGGAGAUGGUCGAGGAUCUUUCAUCCGUCAAAAAACCUACCAGUUUCCUUCUGAAUCUCGUCCGUUCGUUAUUUCCUCUGGAGAUUUUAAUAAUGAUGGACGAACAGAAAUUGUUGUUGGAUACGAUGAUAGUGAUAAAAUCGAUAUAUUUACUGUGCUCAAUUCUGGAUCGUUUGCAGAUCCGCAGACAUAUUUAGUUGGAAUAAAUCCACGGUUUAUAGCCCUAGCAGAUAUAAAUAACGACAGUUAUGCUGACAUGAUGGUUGUUAACUAUGAUUCUGACAGCGUAAGCGUCUUCUUAGGAGUUGGGAACGGUAGUUUUCAAUACGAAUCAACAUAUUCGGUUGAAAACAGUCCAACUUCUGCAGUUGUCGGCGACUUCAACAACGACGAUCGGCUCGAUCUAAUUGUUACCACUGAUGAGACUGAACACCUUGCUCUAUUUCUAGGAUUCGGUAAUGGAUCCUUUGAAGCUCUGAUGACAAUUACAAUUGGCUAUACUUCAACGCCUACGGCUGUGGGUGAUUUUGACAACGAUAGAAACCUUGAUAUACUUGUGGGAUCGUCCGAUGGAGUAAUUGUGUUACGAGGUUACGGUAAUGGCUCGUUCGCAUCUGAAACUAUCGACUCAGAUUAUUCUCCUCCACGCUACAUUUUAGUCGCUGAUUUUGACAACGAUACUUAUCUGGAUUUUGCUGUUGCUAACUAUGAUUUUGAUAAUGUUGGAAUUUUUCUGAACUAUGGUAAUGGGUCAUUUACACCACAGGCUACGUUUUCAGUGGACACGAGUCCAUUCACAUUAGCAGCUGGGCAUUUAAAUGAUGACGGCCAAUUAGACAUUGUUGUAGGCACUAUAAGCUACCGUACAGUGACAAUUCUGCUAGGAAACGGCGAUGGAUCUUUCCAGAAUAAAAUCAUGUAUUCAGUAGGUAUUCUUCCACAAUCAGUAGUAAUUGGUGAUUGUAAUAAUGACGGAUUCUCAGAUAUAGUUGCCGCCAAUGUUGGUAGCGAUUAUCUUAGUGUUCUCUUGGGAUAUGGUGAUGGACAAUUCGCGCCUCAAAUCACAUAUCAAACUGGUUCUAGUCCGCGGUUUAUUGUUGCUAGUAAUCUAAAUAAUGACGCUAAACUUGAUAUUAUCGUCGCGAACGCAGGUGAUAACACCGUUACUGUCUGGUAUGGCUUUUCAAACCUUAUUUUUUGGAAGCAAACCACUCUAUCGAUUGACUACAGUUCUAAAUCACCAUCGUUUACCAUUAAUGAUUUUAACCAUGAUAAUUACACGGACAUCAUUGUCGCUAAUCCAUACAACAGCACUAUCAGUGUCUUUCUUGGCUACGGUAAUUUUUCAUUUACAAAUCGAACCGUCUAUUCAACAGGUUCAGCAUCAUCUCCAUAUUCUAUAGCAAGUGGCGACUUUAAUCAUGACAAUCACUUAGAUCUAGCCGUCGCUGAUUUUCUCUCUGAUACUAUCGAGAUAUUUUCGGGCAAUGGAAACGGUUCAUUCUCUCCCAAUCAAACAACCUAUUCAACCGGUUCAUCCUCGUCUCCCUCUUCGUUAGCCCUUGACUACUUUAACAAUGAUACCAAUCUUGAUAUCAUUGUUGUUAAUUAUAACAACAAUAGAUUUGGAGUAUUUCUUGGUCGAGGCGAUGGAACAUUUGACGACAUGCUCUCAUACCCGAUGCCUUAUGGAUCGGAUCCAUUUGCGGCUGUAACUGGCGAUUUUAGUAAAGAUGGAAAAGUGGAUUUUGCUGUAGCAAAUCGAGCUAGUGACAGCUUGAACAUUUAUGUUCAGACAUGCUAA